AUGGAAACACAGAGUCAUGAACCACUUCAAAAUCCACAAGAAACUCAGAAAUACAACACGUAUGAAGAAGAAAAGCAGGUAAAGCUAGAUAUUGUAUUGAAUCUCAAUGUUCCUAACAACUAUUGUGAGCUUGGGGGCAGUUCAGACUCCAAUCUAGUCACCACAGAUGAUUCUUCCAAAACUAUAUCAAAUCAUUACAACCGUGGCUCUGAAUCAUCUUCAGAGUCACGGUUUUUUUCUUGCAACUAUUGCAAGAGAAAAUUUUUUAGUUCGCAAGCAUUGGGAGGACACCAAAACGCUCACAAGAGAGAGAGGUCAAUUGCAAAAAGAGGACAUAGGUUUAUAGGAACACACAUGAUGUUGCCAGCAACAGGAACAAGAACAACCUCGUUUUUUCAGAAUCAUCUCCACCAUGGUGGUGCUAAUAGCAAUACUUUUAGACCACUUGGAAUUAAGGCUCAUUCUAUGAUUCAGAAGCCUUUUCAUAACUUUUCAUCCAGUGGAUUUGGAAGCACUUAUUAUGGAUAUAAUGGUUGGGCAAGACCACUUAUUAUGAAUCAACAAACUGGUAUAAGAAAGUUAGGUGUGGAAACUUUCAAGGAAACAGGAUUAUCAUCACAUGAAAGUGUUGGGAGAUUCAAAAGGGUUGAAGAGGACAUGGUGAAUUCAGAAACUCGUUUGAAUUUGAAGAGUAAUCAAGAAGAGGUGAAGCACCUUGACUUAUCCUUAAAACUCUAA